AUGGCGUCUAUGGAGCCAUCAGCAGAGGCUCUACUCCAAUGUUCUAGAUUACUUGAGGACUACAAUGUCCUUGAUUAUUUCUGGAUCACGGGCAUCUGGCCUGAACUGGAAGCGGGACAUCAAGAUGGCAAGAAGAUUGCCAUCAAGCAGUUUAAGAUGAUCUGCUUGGGAUAUCUUACACGAAAGCCAUUCUUUGCAUUUCACACAGAGGACUUGCGGUCCUUCUCAAGGAGAUACGAAAACCGGUUCCUGGACCUCGCCGAAAUACCGGCGGGGGGGGGGACUGCCUUCAUCCACGAGUUAUUGCUCUGUUCCGAAUCGUGUGAGCACUCAUCGCCACACUCUCCUUGGUCCCGGUAUCGGACUCCCAGCAACGUUGUCCAACACUUCUCUGUUUUCUUCGCAGUUAGGCCAGGUGUAGAGCCCGUCGCCAGAGAGACUACUGGAAAUACCGUUUCGUCGGCCCUGACCCCUGUGGCAUUCACACCAUCGCACCACAACUUCCCUGUAUUUGUGCUUUUCCUGCAGUCAGUCAGACCAGGUGCGCAUUCGCGAACCAAAGAAGGGCGCGAAUCUCCCAUGUUUGAAAGGAUGGGUGGAAGCAGCUAG